GCUGAGGGAAGAAGGAGAGGAGGAGGAGGAGGAGGUGGCGCCGCCCGCCGAGGGGCCCGCAGCCUUACUCGGGGGGAGGAAGAGGAGGAGCUCGGCCGCCGCCCCCCUUCCAUUCUCCUCUGCCUCUCUCUCCCUUUCCCCCCAUCGCCAACCCCAGGCCUGGUGGUGGCCGCCUGCUGAGCCGGGGCUGCGUCGCGAGGGCCGGAGGAAUGUGCGAUACCGCCGGCGACUGCGCUGUAGACAGAACGUGAUCCUCUCCGCUGCGCCAGGGCCGGCUCGGACUUCUGCCUUCUCCGCCUAGCCUUUUUAAUUUUUUGCUCUUUGCUUUUCUCUUCUCCGCCGGCUCCGGCGAGGGCAGGUGGGCGGAACCCCCCAUCCUCAUUCUCCCCCCACCCCGACGACUUCUCCUCUUUUAUUCUCCCGGGGAAAGCACCAUGUCCAAGAUGCCGGCCAAGAAGAAGAGCUGCUUCCAGAUCACCAGCGUGACGACGGCCCAGGUGGCCAGCAGCAUCACCGAGGACACCGAGAGCCUGGACGACCCGGAUGAAUCCCGCACCGAGGACGUUUCCUCCGAGAUCUUCGACGUGUCCCGCGCCACCGACUACGGACCCGAAGAUGUCUGCGAGCGCAGCUCCUCCGAGGAGACCCUCAACAACGUGGGCGACGCGGAGACCCCGGGGACAGUCUCUCCCAACCUGCUCCUGGAUGGGCAAGUGGCUGCCGCCGCCGUCGCCGCGGCCUCCGGAGGUAUACAGCCGCCGCCUUCCCCUGCUGUGCCGACCGCCAACGGAGGAGCUGUUCCCAGGAGCUCCGCGGUGCUCCCAGCGGCUGCCGCCCCGGCCUCUUCAGCGGCAGCAGGAGGCAGCACUGCGCAGGCAACUGCUGGCUCUGGAGCCAUGCCUCUAACGGCUGCCGCCGCAUGCAGUUCCCGCUUCAGGGUGAUUAAGCUGGACCACGGUACAGGAGAGCCCUAUAGACGGGGGCGAUGGACGUGUAUGGAAUACUAUGACCGGGACUCCGAGGGCGGGGCCGUUUUAGCCAGGACUGGGGAUUGCAUUAGACACAACAGUACUUUUGAACAAGCUGUUCAAGAUAGGGAUAGUGGCCUAGGUGCUACUGGUGGCUCUUCAAUAGUUUCAGGGGUUGCAACUUCGGCACAUGGCCCCGACUCCCUGGCUGACAGCUCUCUUGCUGCUGUGUCACAGCUACUCCAGCCAGAGAAAAUAAACCAACCCUCUCCACAGCAACCCAAUUUUGUCAUUGGGCAGCAGCCCAUAGGCGGGGCUGUGCCUCACAGUAAUGCUCAGCCAAUCUAUUCAGGGGCUACAGCAGCGAGCCAGCAAAUGAUGGGGCCUCCGCUGCAGACCCAGGCACAGGUAAAUGCACAGAACAUGGGACAGGCUGGACCUAAUGGGAAAGGCAUGCCACCUUCGAAUGUAGCGAUAGCCCAGACGAGUUUGCCUAUGCCACAACAGCAGGUACAGCAAGCUAAUGUACCUGUGGCUCAGACUCAGCAAUUUGCUUAUUCUCAGUCGCAGAUUCCACCAGUGCAUCUGGUGCCAGCCCAAACUCCUGCCCAGCCGGAAUACAUUCAACAUAUGACAGUAAUACAGUCUCAAGGAGCUACUCAACAGGCCGUCUCAGGUUCUGUCCCGGGCACUGGAGCUUCCAGUCUUCCAGCAGCACAAAUAGCUGGUCCGAAUCCCUCACCCAUAGCACCAGUGAUGGGAGUUUCUUCGCAAACUGGUGAAAAUGUAGGACAGGUAUCUGGGCUAUUGCAGGGUGGCCUGACAACUCCAAUUCAGACUGUCAUUCCUCAGCCAGGAGGUGUGGUGCAGCAAGGCAUUGGCCAUGCGGGGGUUGUGCAACAGAAAUCUAUGACUCAGCAGCAAAUGGGUGGAAGCAGUCAAGUGGCUGGUGCUCCUCACAGUAUAGUUUCUGGAGUUCAGAAUGUGCCUGCAGCUGUACCGGGUACUAGUGUGCCCAGUGUGUGUACAACUUCUGUUACUAUGCCAAAUGCCCCUGUUACUUUAGUCCAGUCCCAGCUGACCAGCCAUACAUCUGUCAGUAGGAGCUCCAGUGUUGUCCAGCAACAUGUUGGCCUUCCAUUAAUGCAAGGCACAACCAAUGUACCUGCAAAUCUGCCACAAUCUAACAUUGGACAAUUUCCAAAUCAACCUUUAGGCCAGAUUGAUGAUACUAGAAGAAAAUCUGAACCCCUACCUCAACCACAACUUUCUCUUGCUGAAAAUAAACUUCUUGUGAAGCCACCUAUUCCGGACACUUUAACAAACCCUCUUAAUUUACCUGCAACUACUCCUAUGAACAGUCUUGCCAGCUCUGUCUUUGGCAUAUCUAUUCCUGUUGAUGGUGAUGAAGACAGGAAUCCUUCAGCUACUUUCUACCAAGUGUUCCAUUCGAACAAGUUACGGGAAUCAAAGAACCUCUGGGAUAGUGCAUCUGGUGCGAGUGUUGUAGCCAUUGACAACAAAAUAGAACAGGCGAUGGAUCUGGUGAAAAGCCAUUUGAUGUACGCAGUCAGAGAAGAAGUGGAAGUACUGAAGGAACAAAUAAAAGAAUUAGUCGAAAGAAACUCUUUACUUGAACGGGAAAAUGCACUGUUAAAAUCUCUCUCAAACAACGAUCAGUUAUCCCAGCUCUCAACCCAACAGGCCAACCCCAGUAGCACUUCUCAACAGCAAACAGUGAUAGUACAGCCAACGCAACCUCCGCAGCAGCCGAAUGUCUCCUCAGCAUAAAGCUUUCUUGCCUCAUUAAGAAACUGAAAGCAAUCUGUCCUUGUGUGCCACUGGUGUUCUUUCCACUUUAUAUGAAAGCGAGUAGCCAUGCUUCAGUUGUGUGUUUUGGCCUUUUCAGUAUUAGACAAUCAUUCUACAAGAGCUUUCCCUCACUGAGAUGUCAUGCAGCACAGUUGGUGUUCAAUUAUGCCAUCAGUGCAAAAGGGAAAUGAUAGAAGGAGUUAUAAUGCAAAAGUCUGCAUUUAUUUGGUGCACGAGUGGGGUCUUUAAGAGCUUUGGCGAGGCUCUUCAAGGUUUCCAUUACUCAUGGAUUACCUUGAGCCUUGCUUUUUCACAUAGCAACAAACUCAUCUUUAGAGCCACUGUUCUUUCAAUUAUAAGUAACAUUUGCCUACAUUAGUUUCAUUUAUUUGUGUUUUUAUUUAUUACAGGGCUGCUAUUCAUAAUGUACAUGAACAAUGUCACAGAACUUUUAAUUUUUUAAAAAAUAAAUAAAUGUAAGUAUCAGUAAAAAAUGAUAUAGGCAGGAUUGAGUUUAAUAGAUAAAAUGUUUAGGCAAUAAUUGAACAAAAGAAUCCUGGCAUAUUUCUAACACUAAUGGCAAUUUACCUUUUGGUAUUUAUUUUCAGUAGUUAAGACCCAGCUUGAAUGUAAAUUUUUGUAUAUUGUAAGUAUGAAGACCAUAGUGCGUCUGUACAGGUAGUCGCCAGUCAUUGUGAGAUAAUUGAUGGGCUAUUUUGAUGAAGAAAACUUUGCUCAUUUCUGUUUCUACUUUCUAAUAGAAAAAUUGCCAUGAUUCCUCUGCUUUUUGACAUUUCGUAUGAUUAUUAUUAUUUUUUGGGUGGGAAUAAAAAGCUGUGAAAUUGUUCAACCUACUUUGUAACCAAAGAAGCAAAGCUGUGUAAUUGAGUUUUUAUUUUAUAAUGCACAUUCUUUAUGUAUUUUUAUUUAGUGUUCUCAUUCACAUUUUUCUUUGCUGUCUAGCAUGAUCUGCAUGACCUAUAAUCUUUGAACCACUUUCGUACCUCAUGUUUUAUCCAGCACUCUUAUUGUGAUAUGUAAUAGUCUGUGAACAAUGUCAAAUAAAAAAAAGAAAGAACAGCUAGUGUUGGUGGAGCUGAGCUGGUGUGUUACGCACUAGUUUAAAAAAUGAAGUGAGCCAUCUUUUGUUCAUUUAAAAUGGUGUUUUGAAUUUCGUAUGCAGAAAACGUUUUGUUACAUUGCAGAUUUUAAUGUAUUUAAUAAAUGCAACAUGCAGAUUAAGUGCAGUGUAUACUGAGUAUUUAAAUUAAAAUGUACAUUUCAUAAAUACAGUUUCAAGAGACCAUUUGUGUAUACUAACGUAGUAUGUCAGAAGUUGAUGUACAGUAUAUUUUAACACUUUCUGAAAUUAAACUGCAGUUUUGUUGAAA